UGAUGUCAUCAGUUGCGCGCAGCAGCUGUUCGUUCGUGGUUUCGUGCAAAGAACGCGACUGUAUUCAUUGAUUGGGGUGGAAAUCCUCGUAAUGCACAAUUUGGUUUCUUUGCCCCAAAUUCGUGGGAAAUAAAGGCAAAGCUGCAGCGUGUGUUUUUAACUUACACUGGUGUAAAACUGCACGUAAAAGACGGCAAGCUGGCGCAGGUAGCAGGUUGCCAGUGGACUAUGAGAGACAGUGGUGGAAGCCUGGCUCAGAACCGCUGGCAAGGGGAACUCUCCUUGACUGUGAGCCAGGAGGCCAGCAGUGUUGGAGGCAUGGGAGGUGGUCUAAUGGAUCCAAACUCCCCUCCCAAUGCCACCAGCCCCAUUCACCUCAAACUAGGUCACAAGGAGCAAAUCUGGACUGGAGAGUACAUAGAACCAGUAGAAGUUGAUGAAGAGGUUGGAUUUGAUGAGAAUGAAGAAGAUAUGGAAGAGGAAGAACAGGAUGAGGAAGAGAUUGAUUCUGAUUGUGCCCAAUGGGAAGAGAAAGAUGAAGUAGAAGACUGGCAAAUGCCAUUUGAAUCACAACCGCAAGUUAUGCUCGCUAAUAGUUAUCGGCAGCAGGUGUCCUCGAGUGAAGGGGAGGCCAAAUUCAAAGCCAGAGACUUUCCUGAGAAUCCCUUCCAGAUUCGACUUCAUGGACUUAGGCAGCAAAGACUGAAGCGCUGGCGAAGACUACGGUCUAGUGCAAGGUUACGCAAUCGGCUCGUGCAGAAUUGGAAAACGUGGAGACAGCGGGCGCAGUGGGUCGGCACCUUAGGGUAUCGACGGGCAAGGAGGUGGCGCCAGUAUAGCCUAAUUGCCAGCAAAAGACGAGAACAGGGAUGUGACACCUUGGGCUCAUCACAAAUAGGUUUGGAGACAACAAGUGGAGGAGAAAAAGAAAAACAGUUUUUUGGUUUCAAUGGUUAUCAUGGGGAUUCUCAGUCAAAUUCAGCAGUGUCUGGGGUUCGGGAACAUCUUUCUAUACCCGUGAAGCCCACCACUCAAAAGAUGGAGAUGGUCCUGACGGAGGAGCACAGGGCUUAUGUCCAAGGUCUUCUUGAUGAAUACCUUCGAAAGUAUGGAAGUCUAAUUCCUGUACAUUCAGAUGAUAUUGUCGAGGAACUGCAGGGCAUCUUUAAUGAGGACUUCUCUCAGCCUCACAGGAAAGUUGUGGUGCAACAUUUAAUUCAGGUUUACCAGAGGUCACCAGGGACUGCCAUAGUGAAAGGGUUCCGGGUGAAUUACAAGCGUCACGUUCUCACUAUGGAUGAUCUUAGCACCCUCUAUGGACAGAAUUGGCUCAAUGACCAGGUCAUGAACAUGUAUGGAGACCUUGUGAUGGAUUCAGUGGCUGAAAAGGUGCACUUCUUCAACAGUUUCUUUUAUGACAAGUUGAGGACCAAAGGUUAUGAUGGAGUGAAACGGUGGACAAAGAAUGUGGACAUCUUCCAGAAGGAUCUUUUGUUGAUUCCCAUUCAUUUAGAAGUGCACUGGUCACUGGUCUCGGUUGAUAUUAAACGGCGCUCCAUCACAUACUUCGAUUCUCAGCGAACUCUAAAUCGCCGUUGCCCCAAGCAUAUUUUUAAAUACCUGCAGGCAGAAGCCAUGAUAAAAGACAAGAAAGACUUUCUCACAGGGUGGAAAGGGUUUUUUAAAAUGAAUGUUGGCAGACAGAAUAAUGACAGUGACUGUGGUGCAUUUGUCCUGCAGUACUGCAAGUGUCUCGCAUUGGGUCAGCCCUUCACUUUCCGUCAACAGGACAUGCCCAAGCUGAGGAGACUUAUGUACAAAGAACUGUGUCAUUGCAAGCUCUCACUGUGAUAUUUGUGUAAAGACUGCACAACCAGUGGGGAAAAAGAUACAUUUGUCCAAAAAGCCUGAGAGACUUCACAAUGAGGAUAUUUCAUCCUCAUUCACUUUUAUUUUUAUUUUGUAUAACCUUUUCAGUUGGUUUCAUACUGGAGCCCAACAUCUUGACUGAAAGAUCUGAGGUAAUCAACUGUUGACAGCCUGUCUUGCCCUUGUGAUGUACUGCCUAAAUGGAUCAUUCUGUUGUGGGUUUUGUAUUUGUUCUGCACAUAAAGAUGAGAGUAACUGUGCCCUGAUGCAAGUGACGAAUCGUGUCUGCAGUUUUGUUUUUAAAUAAAUCAUCUUAUGAAAAUA